UAUAGCCCCUCGUGUACGUACGUAGUCGUCAAAUAUACAACAUGGCGGACUACAAUUUGCUCGGGCUGGGGAUGCGAAUUGAUUCGCAAGAUUGUGACGAAGAUGUCGAUGAUUUGGGAAUUAGCGGUUCACCAUUGGACAUCACCACACAAGAUGAAGUUAUCAGUCCUUUGGCUAAGCUCCAUAAAUAUAUUGAUAGUGAGAAUAUUUUCAAUAGGCAAAUGGUGGCAAGGUCUCUUUUGGAUACCCUAAGGUCUGUCUGUGAGGAUCCAGAUGAAAAGACUAUGGUAUUAAAUGCAAUGGUGCGGUUAUCAGAGGAUAUGGAACCAUCGGUUCGGGCGGAAGUCAUGGAACAGAUACCACACAUAGCAAUGCUAUGCCAUGAAUACCAUCACCAUUUCUCUGGUACGGUUCCAGAUUAUGUGCUACCAACGGUUGUACGCUAUCUUACCGACACAAACCAUCAGGUACGUAAAACAAGCCAAGCAGCAUUGCUGGUGCUUCUGGAGCAGGAGCUUGUUGAGACCGGUGACGUUGAGAUGCAAGUCUGUCCAGUCAUUGUCCAGCUAUCAAACCAAGAAAGUGCUGAUGAUUACCGGACAGAGGCUGUAGCAUUGAUGAGCAAAAUGGCACCAUUGGUGGGAAGAGGAAUCACAGAGCGUCUGUUUCUACCCCAGUUCAGUGAACUCUGCAGAGAUCCAUUGUUCCAUAUACGAAAAGUGUGUGCUGCUAAUUUUGGGGACAUAUGUGGAGUGGUCGGAAUAGAAGCUACAGAAAAAAUAUUAUUACCUCGUUUUGAAGAACUGUGCGAGGACGGUGUGUGGGGCGUACGCAAGGCAUGCGCUGAAUGCUUCAUGGGGGUCUCUUACUCUGUCUCCCAAGAAACUCGCAGAAGCGAACUUUCACCUCUAUUUGUUAAACUUUUGACGGACCAGUCAAGAUGGGUUCGUAUGGCUGCCUUCCAAACAUUAGGUCCUUUUAUUUCCACUUUUGCUGACCCUCUCGUUUCUGGCUUUGCAAUCACAGAAGACGGUGUUCUUUCAGUUGUCAAUUGUUCGGUGCACGAGCAACAACCGACAGAAUCUUCGGAAACUGUUAAAUCGCAGGAGUCUAGUUCAUCUUCCAAUUUAGAUACUAAUGCAAGGACUAGCAGCUCUGACGAAUCACAAACUGAGACCUCAACUUCCGAAGAUUCUCGGACAGAAAACUGUAAUGGUGUUAAUAGCACCAUGAUAUUUUUGAAUAAGAAAUUUUCCGAUGGAAAAGGAAGCGCAGAGGAGUCUGUGUCUUCUGAUGAAGGGACAGAAAAGAGUAGUGAAAGCACAGUAAAAACAAAUAAUAAUGGGAUGCAUCGGGGAGUGGGUCAUGUAGAAUUUAAAUUGGACUCUUCUAAUGAUGCCGGGUCAUCUAAGGAAUAUGAUGAAUUCUUAUACUGGCGACAACCUCUUGGAUAUAUUGAAGAGGAUGUCUUUGAACCCUCUGAUCCUGCAGAAGAACUAAAUCCAGAUGAAAACAUUUUUUCAUACACAAAGACGAAAGAAGAGCUGGAGUCAAAGUUGCAAGAGUGUGAGGAGGGAUUCUCUCAGAAGAGUCUCAACGGUCUUGAAAACUUUGUGUCCGAAUUCACUUUAGAAACAACGGAAGAUUCCACCGAGUCGGAGGUCACAGAAGAGGAAGGCGCAGAAAACAGUAAGAUUCACAAAGCAUCAGUGAAUGAAGUGAACGAAAUCACGGAUACAGUAUCAAAUAUCGCUAGUACGCGGUUCAUUGGCCAGCGGCUAGAUGAGAAGACAAUGACCCUGGUGAAUGGCAUAGAUCCAGAUGAUGAAGUGAAAGAAUGGUCAGAUCCAGAUAGCAAAAUAAAAACUUUCAUCAAUACUCCAAACCUUAGUAAAACACAGCAUGUGAUACCAUGUGAGUUACUGGAGCAAUAUUUAAACAUGAUAGAACCCAGUAAAUCACAGACUGUAGAUACUGAAAUAGCCAAGCACUGUGCGUUCAGUUUACCUGGUGUGUCUCUAACAUUAGGUCGUCGGAACUGGAAGUGUUUGAAAGAGGUUUACGACACUCUAGCAAGUGAUAUGCAGUGGAAAGUCCGCCGCACUUUAGCGUUCUCCAUCCACCAGAUGGCAGUGAUCCUCGGUGAUGAAAUAACGACCACAGAUCUGGUGCCGGUCUUUAACAGCUUCUUAAGGGAUCUAGAUGAGGUUAGAAUAGGUGUUCUCAAACACUUUGCAGAUUUUAUCAAGCUUCUGAAACCAGAUUUACGACGUCAAUACUUGAUGCGAAUGAAUGACUUCCUGACAACAGACAACCAAAGAAAUUGGCGCUUCAGACAGGAACUAGCAGAGCAAUUAAUUUUCAUGUGUGAUCUGUACAGUGCUAAUGAUGUGUGCGAGUUCCUCUUCCCGAUUGCAUUGACGUUAGCAGGCGAUAGGGUAGCGGAUGUCAGGUUUCUGGCAUAUAAGUUGCUUGGUGUGGUGUUGAAGCGGCUAAACUCGGCCGACAACCCAGCUCUUAUAAAGUCCUUCGUUGAUGACAUCGUCACAAAAUACGCCAGGAAUGGCAGGUGGUUUGGAAGACAAACAUUUGCACACCUAUGUCACAGUCUGUUGGAGCAACAGUCACUUGAACCCCACCUUUUCCUGGAGUUCUUCAUGCCUAGUCUACUGACCCUUAAAGAGGACCCAAUUCCCAAUGUGCGCAUUGCACUCGCCCGGUUACUGACACAGGAGGUUGUUGCUUCAGGAUAUUUUAAGAAUGCUGGAAAGGAUAAGCAACAGAUAGUUGAAGACACCCUAGACACGUUGAGGUCAGAUAAAGACAGAGAUGUGCGAUUCUAUGCCAGUCUUAUACAGAUAUCCCAGGACCAAUAUUAAAUUGUCUUUAGGUUCAUUGCCAAAUAUGUGGGAAUGUGAAUUCCAUAAGGAUAAUAUUUUUCAAUAAUAUUUACUUCUACUAAGAACAAUUGACAUAGUGGACAAAGCAGUCUUCAUGCUGGACAACUGACCAGCCAUUUUGAAAAAUUUUGCAACAAUCUGUAUAUUUUACAAGAUUCUAGAAGAUGAGUACAGUGAUACAGAUAAGUCUGGUUUAAAUAAUCAGGUGCCAAAAAUAAACUUAUCAUUCAUCUGCAGAAACUCACUAUCAAUUGCAAUUAACUCUUUUCAAGGCAAGAAAGACAUAAAGCACAACAUAACAUUAUAUAUCUGUUUUAUUUGAAUGUUAUGGACACCAAUUUGGUUACAAUUUCCAAAAUCUAAUUAAAGUUAUACUACACAAUGUUCAAUAUCUUAAGUAAAUUUAAUGUGUGAACAAGUAAAUAUAUUUAACAUUAUCAUUUAAAUAGUACUUAUGCUAUAUUUUCCCCUAUAAAUAAAACAAACCAUUAUUAUGUAUAUAUUGAAAAAUAUAGACCUAGAUAAGUAUACUUACUUGUAGACUAAAUUGCAAACUGGUUUCAGCUGGUUUGGUUACUAUAUGUUAAAUUGACCACUUACUAGGUCCAUAUUAUAUUUCUCAUAAAUUACACAAUAUCUCCUUUGAACUUUAAUCAAUUUCAUAGAAUACUUUGCUAUAUGUUUUGUCAGGCACUCAAUCAAAACAAAUUAAUAUGAUUUUUUAACGUGCUCUAAAUUAUGUAAAAUAAACACAAGUUUAAAUAAUAAUAUUAGUGAUUAUCAAUAUCAUAUUAAUAGUUUUUUGAAUAUUUUUUUUUUCGAAGAUCUACUGUAAGUAGAGUUCAUGUACACUUUAUUGUUUAAAAUUUUGUUGUGUAUUUCUUUUCAAUAUACAAUUUAAGGUAAAUAAUAACCACCCAUAAUAUAAAGUUUAUAAUACUUAUCACUUUAUUCUAUAAACUUUUUGAUAUCAGUAUGUUAAAUUUGUUUCUGUUUUUGUGGAGAGAAAACAGUAAUCUGCAGGCAGUGAUGUGGUCCAAUAUGUGUGAAAUUAACUAUCAAAUUUAUAUUAUUGUGGUAUUAUUAAUAACCGUAUUUCAUUCUAAUAGUGUUAUAAGUUGAUGUGUUAUAUUUUAUUCCAAAGAACUUGAAUAUUCUUAAAGCAAUACGUAACAUUAUACACCGAUAUGUCUAAUAAGAAAUAUGUAUAUCAUCAUUUUAAAAUGUUUAGGUUCCAAUUUACUCAAUAUAUCAAGAAUUUGACUUGACCGAGCAUGUCAGCAUUUAUGUCAAUUAUCAUUUCUAAGAAAUAGAAUUUGUUUGAAGUUGAUUGUGUCUACAAAUCACUAAGAUAUUAUACGUUUGUUAGUCUUAGGUUUUAUGUAGUGGUUAAGAGAACAAUAAAGAUGAGGACUACAUUGUCCUUUGUAUAUGAGGUACGAUUAUAAAGGUUUGAACAGCUGCUAAUGCAAGUUAACUUUAGGUUCUGGAAGAGAUUACUGACCAUGGACAUACAUAUAUACAUAUUUUUUUAUUGAGAUGUGGUGCUAAGCAUUUAAGAUGGAACAAAUAAUGUCUUUCAUUGCAUUAUCUCUCCCCCCUUCCCCAUGGUUUCCCAGUGAGUGAGGUAAUGUGUGGCAAGAUUUCAUCUUCAAUAUUUCAUCCCCUUUUUGAUUUGUUUUCAAGUAUGAAAAUCAUGUCAUUCUUUUUAUUCAUAAGUCUCUGAAGAAUGUGGUGUUGAUGAUUAACUCAUGCUUAUAUUCCAAAAAAAAUAAGCAAAAGCCAAGCAAACUGGGGUGUACAGAAGGGGUCGGAGAUAGUGUGGAUGUAUGUGAGGUUUAUUAAUAUAAUCUUGAGUAGAGGCUAAAAAAUAUGGUGAACCGAAAUUUAGAAGCAUUAGGUAGUGUAAAUACUUAAGAUAAAGAUUUUCAAAUUGGCAUAUCAGUCGACGAAUAAAGGGUUGUAAGUAAUAUUCUAUAAUCUUGAUAUCAAGACAUUAAGUGUAUUUUGUAUAAAAAAUAAACGAUGAAACACUGUAAGUAUGCACUCUAUAAGGUUCCCAAAGAAUAAUACUUUGCAAAUACUGUAAUGCUGUUCUGUAAUACAUUUCAUUGUUGUUUUCUUGUGAUAAUAAUAAUUCGAAGUCUAUUUUUGUGCCGGUUUGAGAAGUAAAUUAAACGAGGUGGUGUAGUGUUGUAAUAGGUUAAUUGUACUGUAUUAUGCAAUGAUUUCCGAGAUACUCGAUUGUCAUUAAAGUGUAUGUGCCUAUGUAAA